GUAGCCAAAUAGGGCGAUGUUGCGAUGGCGUGUUGUUUUUACAUGUGAUAAAUCCAAAUAACUGUGCACCAUCUCAUUUAUAUCGUGUUCUCCGUGUACGACCUUGCCGUCGGGUGCAAAUGUGACAUCUCUUGGACUCUCCGAGAGAACUGACAGGAGUUUGAGAUCGAAAGAUGAACUAUGGCGUCUCUACUUUUGAGGCAGUGCCUGCAUCUGACGAAGACAUCGGUGCAUUCCGAUGUUCUGAGAGCGAUCGCGUACAAAAGAAGACCUCUGCUCGUUUUGACUAAUAGUAGUCGAACGUGCCUCAGGGGUAUCCGCUGUGGAUACGAUGGCAUUUCAACCGACGAAGGUCAGAACAGCGGUGGCGGCGAUCCCCGAUCUUGCGGUUAUCCUCGUUCUCGUACACGACUGCAAAAGACGCAGGAUUCCUUUUAUAAAACCAGAGACUCGCUCAGAAAGACGAAACUCGAUGUAUCUGCUCACGUUAGGGAGACCAAGAAGAUCGUCGAAGAACGCAUGGGAAACUUGCGUGAAAAUAUCCUGACAGUGCCAAAUGGACUCUCGUUUUUCCGGCUGUGCUCCACCCCGGUCAUCGGCUACUUGGUAGUGGCAGGGAGCUUCACACCGGCCUUGGUGCUCUUCUGUGUUUCUGGAAUCACCGACGUGCUGGACGGGCAGAUUGCAAGGGCGUUCCCUUCUCAGCAGAGUUCCCUGGGGACGUUGCUGGACCCGAUGGCCGACAAGACCCUCGUGGCGACACUUUUUGUCACGCUGACUGUGUCCGGACUGAUACCUGUUCCCUUGACGGCACUGAUCAUCUUGAGAGACGCUAUCAUCUUGGGCUGCGCUUCGUACAUCCGUUACGUGUCCUUGCCGCCUCCGAAGACGUUUCACAGGUACUUCGACGUAUCUCUCGCUACGGUGAAAUUUUCACCGACGACGCUCAGCAAGAUGAACACAGCCAUCCAGCUUGGGUUGGUAGCUGCCACUCUUGCUGCCCCAGUCUUCAACUAUGUUGACCACACUGCGCUGCACUGGUUUUGGUACCUGACUGGAGUGACAACAGUGACCUCAGGAAUGAUGUACAUCUUUACGAAGGAUAGCUACAAGUACAUUAGUCACAGACUUUAGUUGUGAUACUGGAGAGGACAUUACAAUGAGUAUGAGUAUGUAAAUAAAACAGGGUACAUUA